CUCAACAGAAACGUUUCGUUUGUCAAACGCGCCAAAUGCUCUAAGCAAAAAUACCGCAAAAAUACCACGAAAAAUACCAUAAAGUAACCUAUAGAGCCUGCUCUAUAGUGAUCGCAACCCAACUGUGAUAGCUACUCCAAGUACUUACAACAAAUCCAGCACAAAAAUGUCGGCGGCUAACAAAGUCAAUUAUCUGGUGGGCUCCACAUCGCGCUUCAUAGCCGGACGUAAUGCCGUACAGACGGUCUAUUGGAGAACAUCCGCCGGACCCGAUUCUCGCAUGCUGAAGACCAACAAGACCUGUGAAUUUGAUCGCAGCCAAAAGGCGCCGCAGAGCGUUCGAAUGCAGAGAUCGAAUCGCAGUUUCAUCAGCAAAGAGUAGCCACAGCUGCCACGCCCCCCCCUGAUAUAAUGUAGUUCCUAUAUUUAAGCGUUAUAAUCGCAUAUAUAUAUAUAUUCUUAGUUGUAUUUAUUGUAACCACCAAAGUUGAGCUGCCGUGAGGCGAUGCCCUCACAUUAAAAACAAAAUAAAACCAAAAACAAAA